UACACACCACUACAUGCAAUCGCAGUUUGUUUUCGCGGCGGCGAGCACGCUUAACCUCCGUUAAUUGAUUGAUUAAGCACGCCUGGACUGAGCCAUAAAAGGACAUUCGCUUGAUUGUUUAAACCGAAUAGUAACGACAAAAGCUGCGAAUGAAAAACAGCUGUGCUGCGGAAAGUUAGGCCAACUCAACCCGUUUGAAGAACCAAACCAGAACAAGAAUAUCGGACCCAAAAAGGGCGCAACAACCAAAGGCGAAGAAGAAGAAAAAACAGGCAGACGGCGAACAAAAGGGGAAACGCAAACAAUCAAAACAAGAACAAGACGAAGAAGAAGAGUGCCGCGGAGGGACACAAAAUGACGGACGAGUGCGUAACCAGAAACUACGACUACGGGGUUCUCAACUCAAAUGGAGCGGCCAGAGGAAAGGAACUGGGAAAUCGGGGCAGCAUUAUAGCGGACGAUAAUACCGAUGCCAAGGGCUGUACGCCGGAAUCGGUUGUUGUUGGUGGUGCAAAUGCAACUGCAGCGAGCGCCUCCCCUCUGCCGGCCAACAAGUUUGUGGCCCGAAUGCCCGUGGAGCGAUAUGCCAGCGAAUAUAAUAUGAAUCACAAGCAACGCGGGUUGGCGCUGAUCUUCAACCACGAACACUUCGAUAUACCCUCGCUGAAGAGUCGCACGGGCACAAAUGUGGAUGCCCAGGAGCUGAAGAAGGCCCUGGAUUCGCUGGGCUUCACGGUCUCCGUGCACAAGGACUGCAAGCUGCGGGACAUUCUGAAGCAUAUCGAGAAGGCGGCCGAACAGGAUCACACGGACAAUGACUGCCUGGCGGUGGCCAUUCUCUCACACGGCGAACACGGCUAUCUGUACGCCAAGGAUACGCAGUACAAGCUGGACAACAUCUGGCACUACUUCACCGCCAGCUUCUGUCCCUCGCUGGCGGGCAAGCCGAAGAUGUUCUUCAUUCAAGCCUGCCAGGGCGAUCGUUUGGAUGGCGGAAUAACCCUGGAGAAGAGCGUUACCGAAACGGAUGGCGAGUCCUCGAUGAGCUACAAGAUACCCAUACACGCGGACUUUCUCUUCUCUUACUCAACUAUUCCAGGCUACUUCUCCUGGCGCAACAUCAACAACGGCUCCUGGUACAUGCAGUCGCUCAUCCGGGAGCUGAAUACGAAUGGCAAAAAGUACGACAUGCUCACCCUGCUCACAUUCGUCAACCAGCGUGUUGCCCUAGACUUUGAGUCGAACGUGCCCGCCACUCCGAUGAUGGAUCGCCAGAAGCAAAUACCGUGCCUCACCUCCAUGCUGACGCGCAUACUGCGCUUCGGCGACAAACCGAAGGGAAAUAAGGCUGGCUAAGACAAAACCGAAAUCUGAUCUCGUUUCAAAAUUAGGUUGUACAACCAAACAUCUCCCGCAAUCAUUCACCUUGGAUUCCAAUUCACUUCAAGUCUAGUUUUAAGUGACGCGUGCGUUUAUCCCGGAGGAUAUGUAGGCACCUCGACGAUUCCCCUUCAUUCCCCCAGAUUCCCACCCAUUUCAGGCCUUAUCGUUGACGAAAUUCGUUGCCCACUUAAGUUUAUGAUUUCCCUAAUUGUAAGCAACACUUGCCAAUCAGCAAACCCACAAAUUUGAGAUAAGAUUAUACAAUGAAGAUUUAUACAUGUACGAGCAAACAUAUAUAUUUGAUAUGCAUACGAAUAAAAAUGAAUUGAUAAAAUA